AAAACGAUUCUUACAUAGUUUAAUAAAGAUGGAAAGUAGCGAAUAUAGCAAAUAUGUAAAUUUGCCAUUUUAUGGUGAAAUGGACGAUAGUAUAAUGAAGUCAAAUGAAAUAGAUAGUAUUUCAAUGUCUCAAUAUAUAAAUGACUCCUCGAGAAAUGAUGUAGAGUCUCUUGGAGAUUUAGAUGUUAAUUCAUUUGAUAAUGGAAAUCAGUUUACAUCUGAUACUCAGAUUGCUUCAGAAGGAUGGGACUCAUCCACACAUAUAAUUCAUGAAAAUGUUCAAAAUAAUAACCCACAAUUAGCAUUAAUAAAUCCUGUAGCGGCAGGUUCACAAUACCUAACAGAUUCAACCUUUAUGGACCAACCUGGCCAGUCAUUGAAAGUUCAACAGCAAGGUCAUUCGUAUGGAACGCGGUACGCAAAUCAAUUACGUCCGACACCCGGUAUUGAACCUCGCAGAAGAAAAGUCCCAAAAGAAAAAAAUGAACCAGAAGAUAAGGGACCUUAUUGUAUUUGUCAAGGCCCAUCUUAUGGAACAAUGAUUAUUUGUGAUUUCUGCAACGAGUAUCAUAUUAGGUGUGUGAAUUUAACAAAACAACAAGCAAAAGAAAUAGAAAAAUAUAUGUGUCCAAACUGUCAAGGAUCUAGAACCCUAACAAGUUUGAUUCAAGAAGAUUGCCCUAUAGCGGAGACAACAGGCAUUGAUCCAAAAGCGUUGAUGAUCGAGGAACCCAAACAAAUCGAACCUCCAUCGCCUCCAAAGUGCAAGCUUCAACACUGUACAGAAAAAGCACGUGAUAAUAACCCUUAUUGUAGUAAUAAAUGUUUUAUACAAGGUCAUAUAUUGGAAAUCAAAAAAUCACAAGAUACAGAAUUAGUGCAAAAUCAACCCGAAUCUUCAGUUGCUGAAUCAAAAAAGACGCCGCGUGUGAUAUUACCAAAACUAAAAUCACCCGCAAUAAAAAAAGCUGUGUCUAUUCCUACAAAAUCUGGUUUUAUUCCUAAUAAAGCACAUACUACAAGUUCUAGUGAUAAUCGUCCAAAAAUACGCAAUGUGUUCCCGGAGAAACUUAAAGGAGUAUUCACUAAUAAAUAUACGGAAAUAGUUCAAGAUCCUGAUUAUCCUGAAAAGGAUAAAGAUCCUCAUGAACUUGGACUUCAACUUGCAAAUGAGAUUGAAGAUGCAAUUUUCCACAAAUUUGCUAAGGGUAUUAUCGGGCAAGACUACAAAACUAAAGUUCGAAGCCUAAUUACAAGUUUAACCGAUUCCAAAAAUGCGAAUUUGUUGCGUCGAAUACUCUCUGGUGAUAUUCCCCCUGAGACUUUAGUUAUGAUGUCUUCCGAAGAAUUAGCGAAUCCCGAACAGAAAGCAUUAAUGGCCAAAGUACGAAGAGAAAGCUUGCAACGAUCAAUUUUAAAACGUGAAAAUACUGGUCCAAGAAUUAAAACCACUCACAAAGGAGAAUUAAUCAUAGUUGAAAAUGUUCGUGAUUCUCCUCAAGAUUCACCAAAAGAUACUACUACAUACUUUGAGGAAGAUCAUACUUAUGCGAAUUUCAAUGCUCCUGCUGUUGAGAGACCAAAAAUCAAAUUUGAAGAUUUAGUUCCGAAGAAAUGGAUAGACGAUAAUACUAUGGCAUCCAAAAAUGAAAAUUCGGAGGGCAAUCAAUUAGCUCGUGACAUCUCAACUAGUUUGGAUUUAUCUAAAGGAUCUGCUGAUACUAGUGAUAAUAAUGAUAAAAUCAUACAUACUCCCGAUGAUUCCCAUCCCGAAAAAGUUUUGGAUGAUAAAGAAAUAGUAAAUAGUCCUUUAAUAUCACCAAGUGUAUCAUCAGUUAAUUCACCAAUACAUUCUCCUCCAAAUUUAUCAUGUCAAUAUUCUCCUGGAAGUCCUUCCGAUAUGCGAUUCGAAUCUCCUGGAACUCCUAUAGGAACUCCUCCAAGUAAUAAUAUGAAUAUUGUACCUGAGACUGUAUGGAGGGGUAGAUUGGUAUUUGAUAAGAAACUUGGAGAAUUUUCAGGACAUGCGGACCUUCUCGCGGCGAAAAAACGUGAUAAGAAAAGAAAUUGGGAUGAAUAUCUCGCAUCAUCUAUUAUCGUCAAUGGGCAUGUUUCCAAAAUUGAAGAUGUGGAUAAUUAUUUAGUUGACUGUUGGUGUUCACCUAAUAAAGAUAUAGCAAUCAUUAAAUUUGAAAUUUGUGAAAAUCCGAAUACUGAAGAAUUUGAAACUAUAUUUAAUUCUUUGCACUAUGCACCAAAAUCAGCGGACGUAAAGAAGCGUCGAUAUGGACGUGUUGCACCCGCAUAUAGUACUGUAAGAGACAUGUAUCUGAUUUCAUUAGAACCCGAUGACAAGCUUCCAGAUGUUAUAACUUUUUUAGAACUAGAUGGAAUUUUAUCUCUUGAAAAGCGACCAACUAGGUUAUUAUUGGGUGCUGUAAUAAUUGUUGAGGCAGAAUCAAAUAAAACAAAACGUAUGCACGAUAUUAACGAGAUAAAUGGUAGAGCAGUUAAGAAAGAAAAAAGCGAACCCGAUACCACGACUAACUUGGCAAAAGUGAUUGCCUUGCCAAAUAUUGGAUCUAAUAUUCAUAAUAACGAAUCAAUUAAAAAAAAUAUACCACCGGCAGCGAGUUCUAUUAGUUCCUCAACAAACUUUUGGCCGAAUCAACAUAAUUCUGUUAAUGGUUCAACUGUAACUUCGGCAACGAUUCCGACGUUUUUGCAGUCGUCGUUAACUACAAAUAAUCAAAAUCAUCCGAAUUUAAAUAUUAAUGUCUCACAAGGUAUUCAACAAACUCCACUUGCGCAACCAUUACCAAUGAUCACUUCUUCUACAAAUGGUCUUUACGGAUUAUCUUCAUAUCCUCCUAAUCCUCAAAAUCCACCAAUGCAAUGGAUGCCUCCAAUACAACCACCACAGCAUCCACAGCAACAAGUAUUUCUUCCUCAACAAGGUCCUCCUCUUGGACAACCACCGUUCAUGCCACCACCUUCAAAUAUACAACAGCAAAAUGUGCCAUUACAAUAUGGACAUCAUGUAAUAUCUGAUCUACCAAAUGGUAUUUCGCAACAACAACCCAUAAGGCAGCAAAUGCCUAUUGGAUCGUCUUCUCAGUAUAACGCUUAUCCGCAAAAUUACAAUCAUUCCCAAUAUGAAUCACCUCGACCACAAUCACGGGAGAAAGAUAAUAGGCCGCAUUGGAAUAGAGAUAAUAGACCCAAUAUGGAUCGAGAUCGAGAUCGAAAUCGUCAUAAUCGACAAAGAAGAAUUGUGAGAGAAGAUAGACGACAUCAUGACUCUGAUGAUUACAGACCUCCACCAAGAGAUCCCAGGCGACCAUCACCACCUUCAUCAGAUUAUCGGGAUUUCAAAAGAGGUGGAGGUAGAGGUGGAAGGUAUCGUUAA